AACUACUAAAGCAGCCGAGAGGAAACACACACUCAUCACAUCUCGUCAGUGCGAGCACACACACACACACACUCAGACGAAGAUAUCACAGACCAUGGCUGCUACAAUGCUCGGGGAGGAGCCCCGGCUCGGCAGCGCGCCGCUGGCAAUGUUGGCCGCCACCUGCAGCAGGAUCGGUGAGCCCAGCCCCUCAUGCUCCCCUGCUCUCUCCGAUGGAGCCCCUGGAUUCGUGAAGGGCUUUCAUCCGUGGAAGAGAGGGGCCCCGGGACACAGCAGCCUCGGUGCAUGCUUCACUUCCCUUGGGGUUCCCUCUACCUCCAGGAGUAACGGGACCGGAAUGACGGAGAACUCCAGCGCUUUCUCAGUGACCAACUCUGCUUUUGGGAAUGAUUAUUCAAUGUACCAAACCUGUGUUCCAUCAGACAACAGUGUUACUGAUCCUGCGCACGUACAGAGAUCCAUGUAUCUGACUAAAUUCCCCUCCUCGGUGGAAAGCAUAACAGGGAUGUAUCCCAGGAUGCACACACAUCCCUACGAGUCAUGGUUCAAACCAGUGGGAGAUGUCAGUAAUGGGUCUGCUGCUUGGUGGGACAUGGGAUCCAGUUGGGUGGACACACAGAGUCCAGCCGGUUUAACCUCUCCUCUGAGCGGCUACAGCACCGAAUACAGCUCUGCCUUCGGGCACGGGGCUUCUCAGCACCUGCUCCCAGCCACACAGCACCUGUUUGACGGAUUCAGGCCACCCGUCCCGACCCCCUACACAGAGUCCACGACGACAGGAACUCCUGUCGUUUCUCUGCCUGCAUCGUCCCGCUCCUCCUCGAGGCGCUACUCUGGCAGAGCCACGUGCGACUGCCCGAACUGCCAGGAGGCAGAGAGCCUCGGCCAGGGCGGCACGAGCCCGCGGAGAAGGGGCCUGCACAGCUGCCACAUCCCAGGUUGUGGCAAAGUUUACGGCAAGACGUCUCACCUGAAGGCUCACCUGCGCUGGCACACCGGGGAGAGGCCGUUUGUCUGCAACUGGCUCUUCUGUGGGAAACGCUUUACGCGCUCGGAUGAGCUCCAGCGGCAUUUACGCACGCACACCGGGGAGAAGCGCUUCGAAUGCUCCACGUGCCACAAACGGUUCAUGCGCUCAGACCACCUCGCCAAACACGUGAGAACGCACAGUGCAGAGGGCUCAGAGGAUAGCGCGGAACCGGGACUUGGUAAAGGCAGCAGUGACACGGACAAUAGCCUCUCCGGAAGCCCAAACCAGUCUCCUGGGCUUCACGUCCCAGCCACCGAGAGACAGAGUGCUGUGGAAUAAUUUACAAAACUAAGCAGGAACAAAGCAACACGUGGGCAUAUUUUAUCAUUGGCCGUUCUAGGGCGGCAAAACUAUGCUUGCCCUGUGGCCCCCUCCAACAUGUUGUUCAUGUUGCAGCCAAAACUGUGCUGUAACCUGGGGCAGGAAUGGGUUUCUUUUCAGUAAUUUUAUUGAAUGAAUUGAAACUAAGUUACUGAAACAAAAUCUGUCAACACAAAUAUUAAGAAAUCAAAUAAAUGAAACCAGUGAAAUCUGUCUAGAACCGCCAUGCAUUUGAUUACACUGUACCAUCCUGUAUGGAGAGUGUUUUCUUGGAUACUUAAAAACAGAAAUGGCACUUUACGAUGAACUUCAGCUGUGGAUAAACACUGUGUCAUUACCUCAUACCUACAUUUGUACUCAACAGUUUUUUUCAGACUUGUGUUAUUUGAUUACAUGUUAUAUGCGGCUAAUUUAUUCUGCAAACAACUUUUUGUUUAGAAUUAAACUGUUAUAUCAUUAUAUGGAUUAUUUUUUGACAUGAUCGCGCUAAAUUUGUAUUUAUCGAGAUGUUUGUUUAAAAGACUAAAUUGUUCAGAUUUAUCUAUGCCUGUAGGUGAUUAUACUUACUCAAUUUCUGAAUAAAACAUAACAUGUUGGGA